GGGGGAUCGCCGUCGAUGGCGAGUUCCCCGCCCUAGUUUGCCGCUCCACCCUACCUUCUCCCCCGGCUGCAUUGGGUGGCCAUGCUCGCCCUCCACCUCACCGCUCCUGCGCGCCGCUCCCCCGUUGCUUCCUCGCCGCUGCCCUAUUCCCCUAUCGCUCUUACCGCAUCCGGAUUAACAUGCGUAUGUGCUACUGCUUGUAUCUUACACGAGGGCUACUGCUGGGGCCUCUCGUGGGGCUUUGAUUCAGAGGGCGGUGUUCGCCGCUCAUGACCUUGGCCAUGUGAGGUAUGGUGAGCAAACAUGAACGCGACGCAUUUGAGCGGGAUAUUGGGAUGCAUACUUUCUGUCGGUGCACUCAACAAGGUGAUGUUAAGAUGUUUACUUCCAGUUUUUUUUCCUCUUCUAUUGAUACCUUUACUGGUUGUAUUAUGAUUUGUUCGGUACCGCAAAAAGUUCCAGUUAGAAACAGGCUUCCCACAGAGUAGCUGAAACUUCUGUCAUACAAACGUCAAAGAGAAAAAACUUCUAUCAUAUAGUACUAUUUGUUGUUCCCCUUCUUUUGGUUUGAAGUGUUUGAAAUCACUCUUUCCAUUUUGUAGAGCAGAAACAUUUUACUUUGACACCACCCUCAAAUGCAACUUCGACCACAAAUUUAUAUUGCAAUGUACUAUGAGUAUAAGGUAUGGUAGUACUUGACAAAUCUACAUAUAUCUUUAUGUCUUCAAUAAAAACACCGAGACAAACACAUAUCCUGAAUUGCCACUCUUGUGUGACUGUAGAGGUAUCUAAGAUUGAAUGGUUAUGGGUAUGGAAGUUGGGAUAUGCAUAUAGUUUAUUAGACUUGAGAUAACCAACAAACUGUUUAUAUGCAUAUGAUGUUUGCUUUUGCAUAUCCUAUACAUUUCUGAAUUGUUUGCGGCUUGCAAGUUGCAACAUGAAAGGCACGGUAAAUUCUUCCUUUAUUACUAAUGUUUAGGAUUUAUCAGGGAGCCAGCCAUGAACUGUUUACUGCUAUUACAGACUGAAAUAGAAGGGCCAGCUCAGUUGUGAAGUUCUGAAUCUGUGUUGGCAGUAAUAUACCGAAUUAAAUUUCAUUUUCUCAUGGCAAGAAUACAUUUUUGUUGCAGUGUAUCUGGAAUCUUGAGUACUAACACAUGAUUUAGUACUUGUAUAAUUAUUGGCAAUUUGACAAGAACCAAUAGCUUUGAUCUUUUGAUUUAACUAUAUACUGAUUCUUCAUAUGUUAGAAGCUGGAUAUAGUGCUCAUUUCUCUCAUGAUGUCGCAAGCAAUGCCAGAUGCCAUUUAUAUGAACUCUGUGGAAUGCAUUUGAAUUUUGAAGCAUGAAGGCACUGCAAUAAUAUGAUUGCAGCAUUUGUUUUCUUCCGUCACUGUAUUAAUUCUGCUAUGGGUAUUCUUUGGGUACCGACUUAUCUAAUAGCAGUUUUAUGUGCUGAGUUGGUACAGAAGUUGUGUGUAGCUCUUGAGUAAAGUCCCAUGUGAAUUAAACCAACGAUGUCUAUCAAAAUCUCAAAAGGCAUAUAUGCCAAAGGAAAUCGAUAUCAGAUGAACCAGUUUAUCUAUUUAGAUAUAGAGGGCUGGAACGCACAGUAGGCUUCUGUUGGUCAGAUGCAGAUGACCAGGAAACAAUGUUAGUGAGAAGAAAAGGUCUGUGGCCAGUUUUCGUCGACAUGUUACUCCGCAGAAGUAGAGGCGUUUUGUUUUUGACUCGCCAGCACUACCCUGGUGAAUGGCAAGUGAAGGUAUCAACCAAAUUUUCGUUCUCUUUUUGUGUUCUGUUCUUCCGCCUUAUUUUUGCAUAAUGGUUUAUGUAAGUUGUUUGUGGAAACUGUAGCUGCAUCAUCUGAUCAUCACCACCCUCAAAAUGACACUAAAAAGUUAUUCUUUUAGCUUGGCCUUCGCAAAUUCCUUUCCGUCUUGGAUUCUAUCUGCAUUUCAGUAUUGAGAUAUUGGCAUGAACUUUGUUGUGAUCAUAGAGCCCUGGUCAAGACAGGCCAGGAACGUAAGGAAAAUUAUUACGUUUCCAAUUUCUCUGGUUACUCGGUGGCCACAACAUUGCCAGAAUCUUUGUGGCUCUCGGAAGAAGUUGCUGCAGUCCGUGUUGUUCCCCCUAGUGAUGGUUUCAUUUGAAGACAAAACUGUUGGUAGCUGUCAUGCUGUCUCGCAGUCCAAUUUUGCCUCCAAGCAUUUCAGAUCUUUUCCCUGAUUGAUUUGUGGCGUCACAAGUUAACUGGUGGCUGUCCGCUGGGCUUGAGCUACGUGGACCAAACCCCUCCUCCAGAAACCGAACUGGUCAGCGAUUUCACCGCAAUUCCCCCGAAAUUUGAGCUUCUUUCACUUGCAGGGUAACUAUACCUCCACGUCAGGGAUCUCCCGGAAUUUCUUUGCCUAUCUGUGUGGCUGCAUCUCACCCGUCCAAACUGGACACAUCACCGCCAGAAGGCGCGGGUGAAAAACAACCCAAUGGAAUCUCCAUGGCAGGAUAAGGUGCUCUCAACCUAGACGAGAGAGGUUCUUCCACUCCCGACCUCUAGUUUCCAGAGUGAUGGCCAAAUGCUACUCGGAGUGGCCUCCUCUCCCCCCUCUCCAUCCACCGAGACGAACACCAUCGCAGACCUCGCUUUGGACGAUCAGGAGGCAGCUUGCGUCGUUCGUCUUGCACUGCUCCAGGUCGUGUGCUUCCCCUCUUCUUGAGCCCAAGAAUUUGCCCGAUGAGUUCCAUGCUGUGUCUGCCUCGACGCCGGCGCCGGUGCCGGUGUCCCCGCUUCCGGAUGCUCCGAAGCUCGGCAUAUCCAACAAGUUCAUCCGGGGCCUCUGCAGCGACCGGCAGACCGAGCAGCUCGCCUUCGAGUGCUACAGGAGGGCUCUGCACCAGCCGGAGUUCCUGCCGGACAAGAAGACGAUGAACGCCCUGACCGUGCAGCUGCUCAGGGCUAAGCAGUGGAGCUCGCUGGAGUUCCUGGUUGAAGAUUUCAGGGCCUAUGGGGUGAUGCCGGAGCGGCGGACGUGCGCGCGGCUCGUCGCGAGCUGCGUCAAGGCGAGGAAGUUCGGGCUCGCCGACAUGGUGCUCGGGGUCCUCGAAGGCAAGAGGGGUGCACCUGCCGCUGUCGCCUUCAGCUCGGCGAUGCAGGCGUACAACAAGCUGCACAUGUACCGGAGCACGCUGCUGGUGUACGAGCGGAUGAGGGCGGCUCGGUUGUCGCGCGACGCCGACGCCUACCGCGCCGUGAUGGCGGCGUGCGGGGCGUUGGGCAAGCCGGAGAUGGUGGCUUCACUGCUCAAGCAGUACAAGUCCCACAAAUGGUACCCCUCUGAAAGCUGUGUCGAGACAUACGCCAUCGUCUGCGACGCACUCGGACGAGCAGGUAGAGCCUCGGAUGCGCUGAAAUGCCUGCGAGAGAUGGAAGCAGACGGCAUCGCGCCGAAUGCCACAAUCUACUCUUCGAUCAUCAGAUCUUUGGCAGAUGCCCAUGAAUCUUCUGCAGCAGAAGACCUGUACAACGAAGCAUGGAAGAAAGGGAGGCUGGGGGAUCCGGACAUGUUCCUGAAGGUGAUCGUCAUGCAUGUUGAGGCCGGGAGAGUGGAGAAGAUAAUGGGAGUUGCCAAGGACAUGAGGGAGACUGGUCUGAGGGUCACCGAUUGUAUCCUAUCAACCAUUGUCAAUGGCUUUGUGAAGAGGAGAGGCCUCAAGCCGGCUAUCAGAGCUUAUGACAAGCUGAUUGCUUUAGGAUGUGAGCCUGGCCAGGUCACCUAUGCAUCAGUCAUCAACGUUUACUGCCAGCUUGGGCGGAGCGACAGGGCGGAAUCGGUCUUCUCGGAGAUGAUCGAUCGAGGCUUUGACAAGUGUGUGGUUGCAUAUGGUAACAUGAUCUCCAUGUAUGGGAAGAUCAGUAGAGCGUCGGACGCGAUGAGGCUGCUUGCUGUGAUGAAGAAGAAGGGGUGCGAGCCUAAUAUCUGGGUGUACAACUCCCUCCUGGACAUGCACGGAAGACUCGGGAAUUCGAGGCAGGCUGAGAAGAUCUGGAAGGAGAUGAUGCGCCGCAAGAUUCAGCCUGACAGGAUCAGCUACACCGCGAUCAUCAACGCGUUCAACCGGUCAGGAGAACUGGACCGGUGCAUGGAUUUGUACCAGGAGUUCAGGGAGACAGGAGGAAAGGUGGACACGGCCCUGGCUGGGCUCAUGGUAGGGGUGUUCUCUAAAUGCAGCCGAUUCAACGAGCUCAUCGAGCUUCUGAAGGAUAUGCAAGGCACACGACUGGACAGGAGGCUGUACCUGACCGUGUUGAGGAGCCUCCGAGACGCCGGGCUGGAGGUCCAUGUGAAGUGGCUCCAAACUAAUUUCAGUUUCGUGGAAGAGAAAACCUGAUGGAUCCAUGAGUUAUCUGUGCUGUUCAUCUUCAGCACCGAAGCAUCGCGACGAUCGGGUAUCUGCAAAAACAUUGCUCUGUACAUCGACAGAAAAAAUGGGUAAAUAUUUGCUUGCCUCAAUGCGCUUUGUCGAAACUAUAUGCUUAUGCUGCUGGCUUCCAACCGCCAUUGUAAAUGUAUUCUGGGAGAUACACCUUUGUACCAGUAAUGAUCUGAUUACAGAUUUAUUGGAUAAGUUGCAUUGCUCAGUAGAUCUGCAUUUGCCAGAUUUAUUGAACUCACUUGUAAUAUAGCCCUCUUCGGCAAAUGUAACUUUUGCAUCAGUACUGAACUUUGUACAUUUCUUCAGCGCUUAACAUCUUUUCGAAUCUCUGAGAUAA